GUGCAGCGACAAAGAAUGAGCGAACGAGCGGUUCCGGGAACCUGCAAAGAUUGUGCAAUGAAUGGUGAUACUCGGGCCGCAGUGGUGACCUCACCACCCCCAACCACAGCCCCUCACAAAGAGAGGUACUUCGACAGAGUAGAUGAGAACAAUCCAGAAUACUUGCGAGAGAGGAACAUGGCACCAGACCUUCGCCAGGACUUCAAUAUGAUGGAGCAAAAAAAGAGGGUGUCCAUGAUUCUGCAAAGUCCUGCUUUCUGUGAAGAAUUGGAAUCAAUGAUACAGGAACAAUUUAAGAAGGGGAAGAAUCCCACAGGCCUCUUGGCGUUACAGCAGAUUGCAGAUUUUAUGACCACGAAUGUACCAAAUGUCUACCCAGCAGCUCCACAAGGCGGAAUGGCUGCCUUAAACAUGAGUCUUGGUAUGGUGACUCCUGUGAAUGACCUUAGAGGAUCUGAUUCGAUUGCCUAUGACAAAGGGGAGAAAUUAUUGCGGUGUAAAUUGGCAGCAUUUUACAGACUAGCAGAUCUCUUUGGGUGGUCUCAGCUUAUCUACAAUCAUAUCACAACCAGAGUGAGCUCUGAGCAGGAACACUUCCUCAUUGUGCCGUUUGGACUUCUCUACAGUGAAGUGACUGCAUCCAGUUUGGUUAAAAUCAAUCUACAAGGAGAUGUAGUAGAUCGUGGGAGUACUAAUCUAGGAGUAAAUCAAGCUGGCUUCACGCUCCAUUCUGCAAUUUAUGCUGCACGCCCUGAUGUGAAGUGUGUUGUGCAUAUUCACACACCAGCAGGGGCUGCGGUCUCAGCGAUGAAAUGUGGCCUCUUGCCAAUCUCCCCGGAGGCACUUUCCCUUGGAGAAGUGGCUUAUCAUGAUUAUCAUGGGAUUCUUGUUGAUGAGGAGGAGAAAGUUUUAAUUCAGAAAAAUCUGGGGCCUAAAAGCAAGGUUCUUAUUCUGCGGAAUCAUGGGCUCGUGUCCGUUGGAGAGAGUGUUGAGGAGGCCUUCUAUUACAUCCAUAAUCUUGUGGUUGCCUGUGAGAUCCAGGUUCGAACUCUGGCCAGUGCAGGAGGGCCAGACAACUUAGUCCUCCUGGAUCCUGGGAAGUAUAAAGCCAAAUCCCGUCCCCCGGGGUCCCCAGCAGGGGAGGGCACCACCGGAUCGCCUCCCAAGUGGCAGAUUGGUGAGCAGGAGUUUGAAGCUCUCAUGCGGAUGCUUGAUAAUCUGGGUUACAGAACUGGCUACCCUUAUCGAUACCCUGCUCUGAGAGAGAAGUCUAAAAAAUACAGCGAUGUGGAGGUUCCUGCUAGUGUCACAGGUUACUCCUUUGCUAGUGACGGUGAUUCGGGCACUUGCUCCCCUCUCAGACACAGUUUUCAGAAGCAGCAGCGAGAGAAGACAAGAUGGCUGAACUCUGGCCGGGGUGACGAUGCUUCUGAGGAAGGGCAGAAUGGAAGCAGUCCCAAGUCGAAGACUAAGGUGUGGACGAACAUUACACACGAUCACGUGAAACCCUUGCUGCAGUCUCUCUCGUCCGGUGUCUGCGUGCCAAGCUGUAUUACCAACUGCUUGUGGACUAAAGAGGAUGGACAUAGAACUUCCACCUCUGCUGUCCCUAACCUGUUUGUUCCAUUGAACACUAACCCAAAAGAAGUCCAGGAGAUGAGGAACAAGAUCCGAGAGCAGAACUUACAGGACAUUAAGACAGCUGGCCCCCAGUCCCAAGUUUUGUCUGGUGUAGUGAUGGACAGGAGCCUCGUCCAGGGCGAGCUGGUGACAGCCUCCAAGGCCAUCAUUGAGAAGGAGUACCAGCCCCACGUGAUCGUGAGCACCACAGGUCCCAACCCUUUCAACACGCUCACUGACCGGGAGCUGGAGGAAUACCGCAGGGAGGUGGAGCGAAAGCAGAAGGGCCCUGAAGAGAAUCUGGAUGAGACUAGAGAAGAGAAAGAAAAGAGUCCUCCAGAGCACCCUUCCGGCCCCCACACUCCCCCCAGCACACCCGUCAAGCUUGAGGAAGACCUGCCACAGGAGCCCACUCCCGGAGAUGACAGUGAUGCCGCCACCUUCAAGCCGACUCUCCCCGACCUGUCCCCUGAUGAGCCUUCAGAAGCGCUUGGCUUCCCAGCAUUGGAGGAGGAGGAGGAGGGGCUUUGUGAAGCCCAUGGGCCUCCAAGCCCUACCAGGUCCCCCACAGUGGCCAGCCCCGAGCCAGCCCCAGUCCAGGUGGCUGAAGAGGCUGCCUCCCCAGCUGCCGAAGAGGGGGCUGCUGUGGACCCUGGCAGCGAUGGGUCUCCAGGCAAGUCCCCAUCCAAAAAGAAGAAGAAAUUCCGCACCCCCUCCUUCCUGAAGAAGAGCAAGAAGAGGAGCGACUCCUGAAGGCCUGUCCUGCACAAACUGACGCCACCAGACUGUCCCUGAUUGUGUCUUGUGUUCUGUCUUCUUGUGUAAUGGAAUGCAAAAAGCCCAUCCCUCCACAUAGCUCGAGCUCCCCUCACGGCGUGACCAAAUCCCCACGUAGACUGGUGCUAACCUCGUGUGUGCACACAGUGGCCCUCCUGCCCGGCCCACUUUCGGGCCCUCAGCUUCAGAUUCUGGGGGAGACUUGCUCUCCGUGUCCACCUCUGCAUCCUGCCCUGCCGGGACCAGCACCUUGGCUCAUCUCAGUCUCCUCCUUGGUGGCAUGCUCUCCCCUGGGGUGUUAAGUCAUGGUCCUGGCUGGACGGUCUGAGGCCCUGCUGGCUCUGGCCUUGACCUCUCUUGCUCUCCUUCCUGUUGUGAAGUAACCCAUACUCUGUCUCUGCUAGGCUUCCCUUCACCCCAAGGUCUCAGGUGACUGAAGCAGACUUGUAGCUUCCUGCCGGCAUUAUCUACUCAGUGAUCUCUUUGUUCAUACACACAAAGCCUCAGUCCUGUGAAAACACUCGUGUGCCUGCCAACAGCCCAGGGCAUCAUGGCAGCCUCUGAGAGGUGGGUUUUGGCUGAGCCGGAAACCCCAAUAGCCAACGGGCCUGUUUAUACCCAACGCAACCUAUGCAUGGUCUAAAAGCUCACCCUGUGGCCAAAAACAGAUUGAGGGGCUCACAGUUUCUUACUGGAGUCUCUAGAUUCCUGUCAUAGGGAAGGUACAUCAGGAGGGGGAAGAGUCCUUUCUAGAAUUUUAUUUCAGCAGGCUUGCAAUUCACUCCACAAUUUUGACUGGCAACAUGAACGGGCCACUUCACUUUCUGCUUUAGUUUUCCAUCUGGGGCCUGCUGCAGAGCGCUGCUCACCUAUUUUGGGGCUUUUGGAACUGAGAAGGGAUUUAACCUACUCUUUAACUCAGCCUGAAAGAUACCCUAGUUUUGAUAAAAGGUAGCUCAAAGUAGAAGUCGGCCCUGGUGGUCCCCACCUGACAUCUCCCACCAGUCACUUUUUGGGGCCGUAACUUGCUGUCCUUGUUUGACACUAUUGUGAAUUCUCACUUAACUCAGAUCCCUGGAAAAUAGCGUGAAGCUGCUUAGUGGGAACUAGUGGGUGGCCAGGUGGACUCCUCGAGGGUGACCCAUUUCAGGAGCUGCCCAGUGUCAGCCUAACUAGGUGCAGGCAAGUCUGUUUGCUCCCUAGACAGGCCCCCCUGGGGAGGAGGGUGCCCUUGAUGGACCCAGUGCCAGACCUGUGCUCGGGUCCCCCAAAUGCGACACCCAAGCAGGACCUGAGGCUGGCUGCAUGCCAAUGGCCGCUGCUUUGAGCUUCCUGGCGAGCAAGCUGCUUUUCUUGUCUUGUUUUGUUGCCAAGGCGAUGUCCCCGUUCUCCAGCGUCACCCUCUUCUUCAGUUAACGUGGACUCCCCCUUUGAUCGCUUCCUUUUACCCAACAUACGCAGUGACUUUAAUUUCACUUUUGUAGUUUAUUUUAACUCUUUGUAUUACAACAUGAAGUUUAGUGGCAUAUACGACACAGGCUUGGGAGGACAGGUCCUACGUCCUUUCUUCACUGUAACAUGUUUUACUCACAAAUAAAAUUCUUUAAGCAGUUACCUUA